AUGAAGCGCAAACUCAACCAGGACGGCGUGCCAUCCACAGAGCCGGCGGCGCAAAGUCCUAGCCGCCCCGAGAGGAAGGAAGAAGAGACGACAUUUGCCGGCCUAGACCUCGACCCGAGGCUGUUGCAGGCCCUUGCAGAGCAGAGUUUCAUAAAACCAACGCUCGUUCAACGAAAGGCCAUCCCCUUGGCACUCAACGGGCAAGACGUGCUGUGCAAGGCAAAGACUGGGUCCGGGAAGACGGCGGCCUAUGUUCUUCCCAUCCUGGCGGGCAUUCUGAAGCGCAAGAGUACCGACACCGAUGCUGCCACCUCUGUCCUCAUCCUUGUUCCCACCCGCGAGCUGGCCGACCAGGUAUCCAAGGCCAUCGAACGCUUCUCCUCCUUCUGCGCCAAGGACGUACAAGUGGUCAAGUUGACGGACAAGCUGUCGGAUGCAGUGCAGCGAUCUUUGCUAUCGACGUCUCCCGACAUUGUCAUAUCGACCCCGGCGCGGGCUUGGCACAAUGUCAAGUCCAAUGACUCGGCCCUUGACUUGAGCAAGCUCUCCCAUCUCGUCUUGGAUGAGGCCGACCUUCUACUGUCAUACGGCUACGACGAGGACCUGGAGAACCUGUCGUGGUCGAUCCCGAAAGGCAUACAGACAAUCAUGAUGAGCGCGACCCUGACGGCCGAGAUCGACUCGCUGAAGAAGAUAUUUUACAGAAGUAACGUGCCAACGUUGCUUGAUCUCGAGGAACCAGAUGCCGAGGGCGAGGGAGUGACGCAGUUGGUGACAAAAUGCGGCGAGGACGAGAAAUUCCUUCUCGCGUACGUCAUAUUCAAACUCCAGCUGGUCAAGGGCAAGUGCAUCAUCUUUGUCGGCGACGUGGACCGGUGCUACCGGCUCAAGCUCUUUUUCGAGCAAUUCGGCAUCCGCAGCUGCAUCCUCAACUCGGAGCUGCCCGUCAACUCGAGACUCCACGUUGUCGAAGAGUUCAACCGCAACGUGUACGACAUCAUCAUUGCUUCUGACGAGAAGGAGGUGCUCGGCAACGAAGAACGGGCGAACGAGGAAAAGGAAGAGGAUGGCGCGCAAGACGCGCAGGGAGACGAUGGCACCGGCAAAGAAAUCACUCGGGCGGCUAAGAAGCGCAAGACGUCCAAACAUGACAGAGAAUACGGCGUAUCACGAGGCAUCGACUUCAAGAAUGUGGCGGCAGUCCUCAAUUUCGACCUGCCCACCUCUGCUUCUUCCUACACGCACAGGAUCGGGCGAACGGCACGCGCAGGAAAGGCUGGUAUGGCACUGUCGUUUGUGGUACCAAAGGAGCUAUAUCGCAAGCACAUGCCCACGACGACGCCGACGGCCGAGAAUGACGAGAAGGUGCUGGCGAGAAUUACGAGGCAACAGACCAAGUCCGGCAAGGAGAUUUCGCCCUACAACUUCAACACGAAGCAGGUGGAGGCAUUCCGAUACCGUAUGAAUGACGCGCUGCGAGCGGUGACCAAGGUGGCAGUGCGUGAGGCCAGGACUAGGGAGUUGCGUCAAGAGCUGCUCAAGAGCGAAAAGCUCAAGAGAUAUUUCGAAGAGAACCCAUCCGAGAUGAACCACCUUCGUCACGACGGCGAGUUGCGAACGGCUCGGCAGCAGGCGCAUCUGAAGCACAUACCCGACUAUCUCUUGCCCAAGGAGGGCAGGAAGGGGUUGACGGAGGAAGACAUUGGGUUUGUGCGGCUGAGGGGCAAGGAGCGCGGGCAGAGAAAAGGAAGGCGGGUGAAGCGUGGCGGGCCGCGGGUUGGCGGGCGGAAGAGUGACCCCCUCAAGACGUUUAAGGCGCGGCGCAAGGCGAAGUGA